UGGCUUGGCCAAGCCCUCCAGCAGUCCGUGUCCAGUGGUCCAUCUCCCUUUCUCGAUUUCUGACCUCAGUUCUACAGAUGUCUUCUGAACAUUCGGUAGCCGAAACACUUUUCGGAGCCCUUCAGGGUACCGUGUCCGUUCUCCUCACCUGCUUCGCCGGCUAUGUCGCAGCUCGUCACGGACUACUCAACCGCUCCACCGUCAAGCAGAUCUCCAGGCUCUGCACAUCCCUCUUCCUUCCAUGCCUCCUCAUCGUGCAGAUGGGUCCGGAGCUGACCGUCUCCUCACUCUCCCGCUACUGGAUCAUACCCCUCUGGGGUCUCAUCUCUACCAUUGUCGGGCACCUAGUCGGUUGGGCGGGCCAAUGGCUUUUCAACUUCAAGCACUGGACCAUCAUCGCGUGCGGUCGACCCAACUCGAACGCCCUCCCGCUGCUCUUGCUUCAGAGCCUCGAAACCACCGGGGUGCUCUCCCAGCUUUCGAGAGGCGACGACGGCCUCAAGGAAACGCUCAGCCGCGCCCAGUCGCUCCUCCUGCUCAACGCCAUCGUGCAGCAGGUCGUCACCUUCCAGCUCGCGCCGUCCGUUCUUCGGCUGGAUGACGGUCACAAGCAAGACGGUGGUCCUGGGACGCUCCAUCCGGGGCCAGGCAGAACCUUGCCUAUCACACAGAACCCGGAGCGCGUCGGGCUUUUGGACGACCAGGAGGGCGAGGAGGAAAGAGAUGAGAUCGACGGGCGUGGUGCACUGGGCCCCAUCGAGGAUGUGCCAGACUAUCACUGGCCGAAGCGUGUCAAGUUUGCGCAAAAGCCUUUGAGGGCGGUGGUGGAAUUCAUGAGCCCGCCCCUCAUCGGUGCUAUCAUCGCGCUCAUAUUCGGGCUCGUGACACCCCUGCACAAAGCUUUCCUCAACCAAGACGGUGCAUUAUACCCCGCCAUCACGCAAACCGUCAAAAAUCUCGGCAACAUCUUCGUCGUACUGCAGACGUUCAUCGUCGGCGCGGAGCUCGCGCUCGUGCACUCCACCAAACCGCGGGUCCUCCAGACCAUCUGGGUCCUUUUUGUCCGCUUCCUCGCGAUGCCCGCGCUCGGCGUGCUCUUCGUCUACCUCACCGCCGGCAAGGGCUGGUACGUCAACGACCCGCUCGUCUGGUUCCUGUUGAUACUGAUCCCGGCCGGCCCGUCCGCGAUGCUCCUCGUGAGCGUGGCAGAGCUGGUGGACAUCGACCAGGGCCCGAUCGCGGGGUACUUGACGAUCUCGUACCUGCUCUCCCCGCUGAUGGCCAUCGUGUGCUCGAUCGGGCUCGCGGUCGUCAAUGCGAAGGGGUGAUCUGUACAAUGAUAUGUAGGCCAUGACAUGAUGAUCCUUUACGUCGUAGGUGGAACUUUUAUGGGACGGGUUCGAGUCUUGGCUGGUGCUGUGUUGUGUAUCUGUUUUGCUGGCUUCGUUUGUUUGGCGACUCGAACGCAUACCAUAUCGUCUGACCGCGAUGAUCCUACCGUGUAUAUACCAUCUGCGACCCUAAUCUCACGGUAUACACGAGACGAUCGUUGAGAGAGAUGCGUGACAGUGACA